GAACCCAUGGACGUGCGCAUCGAUAUGCCGUGGGGCUAUGUGGUGGGCAGAUGGUACGGCAACCGGCAGGUACGACCCAUCCUGGCUCUGCACGGCUGGCUGGACAACCUGGGCACGUGGGACAAACUCCUGCCGCUGCUGCCGCGACACCUGGGCGUCCUCUGCAUCGACCUGCCCGGCCACGGAUAUUCCGCGAAACUGCCCGAGGGGAUUGCCUACCACUUUGUGGACUACCUGUGCGUGAUCCUGCGCGUCAUGGAGGAGUACGGCUGGCAGAAGGUGUCCCUAAUGGCCCACUCCAUGAGCGCCAUGCUUUGCUUCAUAUUUGCCUCCCUCUACCCGCACCGCACCGACAUGCUGGUGAGCAUCGACAUAGUGAAGACCCGCUAUCGCAAGCCACCCUCCCAGAUCGAUUACCUGCGCACCAACAUCGAGGGGUACAUGCUGGAGGACGAGCGCUUCGCAAAUGCCAAGCGCCAGGAGCCGCCCGCCUACACGUACCCCGAGCUGGAGCAGGUCCUGCACAAGGGCUCCGACUACUCGGUGGCCCUGGAGAACUGCCGCCACAUCCUGACACGCAACAUCAGCCGCUCCACCAAGUUCCCGGCCAAGUACUUCUUCUCGCGGGACGGCCGCUGCAAAUACUACACGGAGUUCCACACGAGCCCCCCCUUCGCGGCGGAGCUGGCCAGGACCAUUCGCAAUGUCCCCUACUGCGUGAUCAAGGGCUCCGAGUCGAACUUCAUUGACGAGCAGAGCGACGAGGUGAUUGCCAUUCUGCGGGAAAACAAUCCGCAUUUUGAACUCCACGAGGUGCAGGGCACCCACCACGUUCACCUCAACAACGCCGAGGGAGUGGCCGCGGUCAUCAACCCGUUCAUCAUGCACCAUCGUCCUCCACAGUUGGAAACCUGGACGGUGGACGCCGGAAAUGCAGAGGAUGCGGAGGAGGACCUGCCCGAGGCGGUGAAAGAGUUCAAGCUCAAGGUGGAGGACUCAGAAAACGUCAAGAGGAGAAAGAGAAAAAGCAACCUAUAGCUGCUGCCACCACCUUUGAUGAAAUUGGGCCAGCAGUGCGAUUCAGAUGAGAACCAAGAAUGCCAAUGUGAUGCUCCAGACGAGCCCCACUUAUGUAAUGAACCUGUAGAUAACCGCAAUUAAAAUAAAUUUAAACUAAAUGGUCUUCCAAAGGGACU